AUGCGGGUGAACACGGGACUCAUCUACACGAAAGUGGAGCAAGGACUCACUCUGAUUUGCGGGUGGAAUUCCAAGUGGCAGAGGUGCAAGGACAUGGCAGAAGGUAUCACAUUGCAAGAGGCAGCGGCCGAGUGGUGCGCGCCCGUCCUCACUAACCUCGGAGUGACGGCCCCGUGUCAUGGCUUCAACUUGGCCUACAUUUUUGGCCUGAUCUGCGCCAUGGCAAUAGUCUUGAACUUCAUUCUGCUUGGUGCCGGCAUCGGAAUGCUCCUCCAGUAUUUCAAUAGCUCGAAGCACAAGCCCGAGUACCGGCAGUGGGCUUUCUGCCUUCAUGCCAUCGCCACGUCACCCGGCAAUGGUUUGGCUUGUGACGUUGUGGAGCUUGGCCCUGGGAAGUUUCACAGCUUGACCUUUAGCAAGAUGCCACUGCUCACGGUGCUUCCAGCUACGACUUGGCAGUUGACCAUUGGACCUGUUGUGAAGCUAGGAAAGAGUGUCCUCCAACACACGGAGGUGAGCUACGGGUACUGUUUGAUGGUCGCGGGCAUCUUGUUGCAGUCGUGGUCCGCUGUGCUGUUUUCCUUCAUGCCGCUGGGGGAUGAGAUGACGGAGGACGAGCGAAUGCUUCAGAAGUUCGCCAAAGAGCAGGCACAUCUAGCCGCCCUUCCUGGCCAGCCUCCUGCUGGAGCGCAGGCAUACUACGGAUCCGCUCCUGGGCCAGCCCCAACUGCCACCCAACAGGGCUACGGCUAUGGAUACGGAUACGGGGCUCCACAAGGCAAGGAGCGUUGCUUCUAUUCGUGCGAGGUCACAGCACUAAGCCUUUCCACAGUCAGGCAUUGGGGGUUUGGUCGCAUGGCCCAGGCUUGCAGCAGCCUCUGCCCGCAAAGUGCCGAGAGCAAACAUCAGAGUGGCUGGUUCCGUUGUGGUGUGUCCAUACGCCCGCAUAAGUUUGCUGUUGAGUGUUUCGCUGUUGGCGCAUAA